AUGCUGGCAAAAGUUAGAUUUGACAUCGUCUACGUAUCUACGCCGCGCCCGCUCCACUACCUCUAUAUACGAACAUCUCUUCACAACAAGCGUAAUGUCUUUCUCGAGAAGUCCGUCACUGUGAAACGCGAGCAGUAUCAAAAGCUGGUAGCGCUCGCUGAGGAACAGGACGUAGUACUGUUGGAGGCGAUGUGGACCCGAUACCUCCUAGGGACGAAGAACUUUCAUGAAAUUAUAUCUCUCAAGAUAGGCCACGUCAAACGUGGCUUCUCCGACUUUCCGUUCCCCAUCGCUGCGCCAGAAUUGCCGGUAUCUUUCUGCUUUCUGGACAAAAGGGUUAAGGACAGCGCGUGCUCACAGCACCUGGCUUUGGGAAUGCAGGCCGAUGUUCCGAUGAGAGUAUGGCUGGCGCAAACUCUUGGUCUCUUGUCCUCAACACUCGAACUGAGACGAACAUGUGACGGAUUUGUAAGGGGGAUAUGA